AUGGCCUGCUACGACCGCUGCCGCCCCUGCGGACCCACCCCGCUGGCCAACAGCUGCAACGAGCCCUGUGUCAGGCAGUGCCAGGACUCCACCGUCCUCAUCCAGCCCUCCCCCGUCCGCGUCACCUUCCCAGGACCCAUCAUGACCUCCUUCCCCCAGAGCUCCUUCGUUGGAUCCACCGCAGGGGCUGCCCUGGGCACGGAGCUCAACGUCCAGGGACAGCCCAUCUCCGGCGGCUUUGGGGCCGGAGGCUACGGCCUGGGCUAUGGCCGUGGCUUUGACUACGGCCUGGGAGGCCUGGGCUGCUACGCCAACAGGGGCUGCUCUGGCAUCUGCUGAGGCCCCAAACAACUGCCCAAACAACAACCACCCAGGACCUGGAAGUCACCACAUGGAACAGGGAUUCAUCUCCACCCCAAGGCUGACCAAUGGGCUCAGCACUUCCAGCUCCUGCUCUCAGGGCUCCAAGCAAGGAAGCAGCCAAGGGGCCAGCCUGUACUGCCUGCAAACAUGG